ACCGUUCUCUUCUCUGCGAGUCGGUUUUUCUUUGCCUCAGCUUCGUCAAGAUGGAACAGCGUCUUCCAUUCUCUGAUUCCGAGUCUUUCAGCAGCUCAAUAAUGCAAACCAUCACCACAGAUUGACGAAAAAUGGGUCAUGCGUCUCUAAUUUUGCUGCUGCUUAUCAAUUCACUGGUCCCUUUCUCCUCCGGUAAACCUGACAAAGUAUGCACUUCCCAAGGUGGUCGUUUCCCACCAUUCUCUUAUGAGGGAAAGCCUCCACGACGGGUGAACAAGGGACCCAAAGAUCUGACCCUUUGCAGGGUGUUCCGCAAAAAAACUUGCUGUGAUGUAUCCCAGACACAUCCUGCACUGGUAUCCGUAAGGAAGUUGGCUUCAACUGGAGAAGCUAACCCAGAGUGCUUGCAAUUAUGGGAAUUACUGGAAUGUUCCAUCUGCGAUCCCCGCAUUGGCGUGCAGCCAGGACCUCCAGUUAUAUGUGCCUCUUUCUGUGACAGGGUCUUUAAGGCUUGUGCUGAGGCUUACUACUCUACGGAUGCAAUAACACAGGUUCUAGCACCAUGUGGAGUAAAUGAUUAUGUUUGUGGUAGAGCCUCUGAAUGGAUCGUUAAUGGCACAGAGUUCUGCCAUGCUGCAGGGUUUGCCGUUAAAGAUGAUAUAACUGUGAGAAAGAGAGAAGCAUUUUGCUAUGGUGGUAAAGCCAGUCUUGAUUUGAUUUCUGAUUCAUGGAAGGUUUCACAGUCUGAGGUGCCCCAGAAAGUUGAGAGGUUGAGGCUGCUAGAGGAGUUCCAGCAGAGGUGGAGGGAAAUGCCAUUUAGUGAAAGAGUUUCUUGGGCCGUGGGAGGAUUGGUUCUUACAGCAGGCCUGUUGUUUGUAAGCAAAAGGAAAAGCCGUCACCAGCGCCACAAGCUAGCUGCUUUAAAACACUAUAAGAAACUUGAAGCCAAGAUGAGCCAGAAAUCUCCUAGUAGUCCAGGAAAUAGGAAAAGCAAGUAAAAGAUGAAUUUCUCUCUUGUACGGGAAAGUAUUAGUUAUGACAGCUUACAGAUGAUGUAUCAAUAUAUUGUUAUAAAAAGUUUAUGCCUUUUUUCUUUGGUUAUUGUAUGAAAAGUGAAUGGUGUAUUAGUCGACUAGUAUUCGUUCAAAAUUUUCGAGUACUUUGUUCCA